AUGACAAUAUAUGGGGUUAUUGAAAUGAGAAGAGUAGGUGCGUCCCCUCAUAGUAUACAGUUAAAAGAGAAGGAAAUAAUGGACACAUUUUUACAAGAACCAGAGGGGUCAUCACAAAUUAUCCAAAGUCCUGAUUUGUCUGCUUCUUCAACUUUACCCAAAUUUGAAUUGGCACCACCUUCCCAACAACAAUCAAUCCAAUUUCCAUUACUACCAUCACAACCAUUGGUAGGAUUUUCUCAUCCUCCACCAAUCCAUAUUGGUCAACAAGCAAUAUACCUGCCUUCACAACAACAACAACAACAACCAAUUCAGUCACAACAACCAUUUUCACAAUUACAAAAUAUAUCAAUGUUGGUUGCAAAUUCCUUGGCCGAGCAUACUAGAAUGGGAACCUUUGAUCAUUUGAUCGAGGAGGAGACUGAUGAAGAUGACGAUAGUAGUGAUCAAGAGCAAGAGCAAGAGCAAUCCUCUAACAAGACAUUGAUUGGAAAGAGAAAAGAUAUGGAAGAGUCUUCAUCCACUUCUACUACUUCUACUACUACCACCAAUAACAACAACAACAAAACAAAAACAACAAAAACAAAAACAACAAUGGAAUCUGGUAAAUCAUAUAGAAUCAAUCUUGAUACACUUGUGGUUGACCCAGAUGGAGCAAUAUUGGUUUCACCAAAAAAGAGAAAAGAGAUUGGUGAAGCUCUAUUUCAAGAUCCAAUUCCAUACCCUCUUCCAAAUAUAAAGGUGAUUCAAGACAAAAAGAUUGUCAAUAGAAAGAAUGAAUACUUUGUAUUGUUGGAAGGAUCUGUCAACUACAUUUGGUUGCCAUCCGAUCAAGUACCAAAGAAGCUUCAAGCCGAUUACAACAAGUGGAUUAAAAAGAGUAAACAAGAGUUCAAGGUACCAUACGAUACCAAGACUCUACUAUCCAACAACAACAACAACAAGACUAGUGCAAAGAAUACUGGUAAAAAGAAGAAACAACAAGAGGAGGAUGAUGAAUAUGAAGAGGAAGAAGAGGAGGAAGAAGAUGACGAUGAUGAAGAUUAUAAAGAAGAAGAGGAUCAUGAUGAAAUAGAAGUGAGUGGAGAAGAAGAGAAAAGUCGUCGUAAAUCAACAAAAAGAAAGACUUCUUCCAAAAAGAAAUCAGCAAAAACAACACCAAAAAAGGUAAAGAAAACAACUACAACAACCAGCACCAAAAAGAAAUCAACAACACCAAGAAAGAAAAAGACUGAUCAACUACACACUGGCACUAGCUCCAAUCCCACUUCUUCACCCAACUCUUCAAUGGAUGCUCCAAUGACUCAAUCAUACAAUCCUCAUCAAGCCUCAAUUAUUCAAACUACCAACCACCCACCAUCCUCUGAACCAUCAUCCAUUGUUAAAAGGGGUACAGGAGUUUCUUCAUCUGAUUACUCUACUGGUGGAGGAGGAGGAGGAGCACCUCUCCGUUCUAUUGUCGGAUCUUCUACUUCUACUUCUUCCACUUCUUCCACCAAACCAGGUGUCACAAGAAGGUCAACAGCAGCAAAGAAAACCCAAAUCAAAUCCAUAAACAAUCACCAACCAACCACAAUAGAGACAAGAAUAGAUAAACAAAACAAAUGA